CCAUUGCUACUGAAAGUAAAGCGGAAGGAAAACGCCCGUUUAUUCCACGUCGAAUGACAAUUGGUGGUCCCGCAAAUGCCUUACGCAGUAUUUCUAGUGUUACAAAGCCACCAGUAAAAGUACAAGCACGUCCUAGUCUGGAUAUCGUAGCAGAAGGAGUCGUUCUGGAAACAGUCCCCUGCGAGAACGAGAAGGGAGCAGGAGAAGAACAAAUCCCCAAAAAGUUUUACCCCGCCGCACAUUCUUCUAGCAGUGCUUCGACUCCUGAAGAAGAAGAUGAGAGCUUGAAUGCGUUACAGCACCUCAUUCAAGGCAUGACAAAGGAUCGUGCUCAACACAGCGCUAUUCUGCAACAAAUUCAGCCCGUAGGCGAUCAGGGUAUCAGUGCUGUGAUGGAGUAUCGCAGUGCUUCACCAACAGGGAAGCAUGAUCGCAGCAAUUCAGGUCCAACAUGCGAUCUUUGCGGUGCUAUUGCCCUUCGUAUGACCAUUUUGGAGCCAUGCAGGCACUGGUCAUGUGCUGCAUGCUGCUCGUCAGGUCUGAAUCAAGUCACGGCCACGCCUCCGCGUCCGCAUGUCUGUGCAGCUUGCAACACACCCGUGAAAGGUAUCAGUCUGCGCAAAAGCUCUGUAUCUGAGACACCAACGAAGAAAGGUCCUUCGAGCGACAUGUUCAUUCCGUCUAGUGUUCAACGCAAACGUCAAAGAACGCUCAACAGCGAGGAUCGAAUGGGGUUCUAUUCGCAUGACAGACUCCCUUCCAGUUCCUCUACCACAUUUCCACAGCGUUAUCCCUACCGUCAGAAGUAUAGCAAGGUAAGAUCAUGCUUCACACAACAGUGACCAAAUGCAUAAUUGACAUUUCUCUCUCUGUAUCUAGCAUCCUGACUCCGAAGACGCACCGAAUUCCUUGAUGCUGCGUUCCAGUACACCCGAUCAAAUGUAUUCAUUGGUGCAUGACAUUACAGCCUCAAGCGAGCCUGUAACAGAAGAUGCUUCUUUCUUUGCCAUCAAGGAAAGCCGUCGUCGAAUGUUGUC